GGUGCUGGACUGAGGGAUGCUCUGCACUCCCCAGGUCUGGCUGGGCCAAAAGGGCCCCAGAGUCUUGGAGGUGCUGAGGAUCCUGGCUCUGAUGCUUUGCAUAUGCUCAGGCCACAGGGAUUAUUUGAAUUAUGGUAUCCCAGAAGAAGGAGAAAGCGGCAUGACAACAGAAGAGCCCAGGCAGCAGCGGGGAACUGGUGUGGAGGACCAAACAACCUUCAUCUUCAUCCAUGUCGAGAGCAGCAAAUAUUCACUGCCCUGCAGCCCCGCUGAGAUGUAUGUUCCUGAUCGCACUUACCAUUGGAGCCGGGAUGGAGAAGGGUCCCAGUUCCUCUCAGUCAGUGCCCAGGGAUUUCUCACCUUCCAGCACUUCCGAGGUGGUGACAGCGGGAAUUACUCCUGCACCGUCUCUUACCAGGAGGAUGGACACCUCAGGACUGAGACGUUCCACUACACCAUCCUGGGGUACCAUGUGACUGGAGGCCUGGAGGCCCUGCUCAUCUUCCGAAGCCAGGUCUGCGAGGAGGGGGCAAAAAAGCGGUUCUUGUGGUUGCUGCAGGAGAGCCUGGGCCAGGUGGUCUCUAAGCAUCACUGCAGGCUCCUGCUCAGUGAGUCUACCUGCUUCCCCACUGUGCAAGAGCCCUUGGAUGAGUUCAAUCUCCAGGUACAAUUCCAAGGUAGAAACCUAGAGAGAACAGUGAUGGCAGAGUCCUAA